AUUUCUAUGGAUUAAGUGCUCGCCGAGAAAAUGUAGUCUCUGUAAAUUUGUAGAAAAGUUUAAAGAAAGAAAGAAAAAAAAAAGAUUAAAGAACAAGAAAAUCAUCUCAACUCGAAUGCACUGAAAAACAGAGAUAAUGGAAGACACCGAGACAAAUCAAUUGUUCGCUAUGGAAUAUACUUUAAGUACUUUAUCCCAUUGUUCCAGUAUACACAGGGAAGAUGGGCUUAACGUUCUUUUUAUCCAGAAUGACCGAAGCACCAAGUCCCAUGAUGUUUCACGGGCCAGUCAUUACAUCCCAUGAUAUUCUCACGGCUUAAAUCUUAAACGCCCAAAGUGAAUAAAGGAGCCAUAAUUUCGUAGGAGAUUCUAGUGAAUUGAGUCGAGUUAACAACCCAUGGGGUAUCCGUACAACGUAGGCCGCUAACGUAGCCUCUUCUACGCGUGUCAAAACAAAAAUACUAAACUUCCGAGUACGGAGUAUAAGUGGUCCUGAUGGGGUGCUGAUGCUGGAUGCUAUCCGGCGGGUAUACGCAUACACUGGGAAAUUACCGAAUGAUGCAUGCUAGGCUGAUUUCGAGAGGAGGGAGUAUUUCUUAUUGUUGCGAACAAUACUGGGGAAACAAUGUAGCAUCACUGACAAAAGACCAUCGACGUGUAAGGUAUCCAUUUUGCCAGUUUCGCGUAAAAAUUCGGAUCCCUUUAUUUACCAUACCUACAUGUAUAUGCCCCGAGUUUAUCCAUAGAUACGUAUAUAGUACCCGUAGAUGAUACGAGUCGUACGUCAAAUUUUUUUUAUUUCUUUUUUUAACUUUUCUAAUGGAACCCUCCAAGAGACGCAGAACAAAAAAUAUGAGAAUGCCCGCGGCUUCAGUCCUGUCCUUUGGGACGCUUACCAGUACCGAGGUACAAUUUUUCAGUCUGUCCUCUGUUAUCGAUCUGGAUUUUCUGCGCUUGGGUAACGAAGGAGAAUUUCCAAACGUUGCCUGGAGCUAUUCCUAUGCGUGGACACGAUAGAGAUCGAGAAGAUCCAAAUCAAAAUAUUCGCAGGGCGAUAUCCUUCUGAAUCGAGUGCUUGUUGGUUUUUCGAAAAUAACGGAAGCGACAACUUCAAGCGGAUAUUCAUGUGUAACGUUUGAAAAGGGUUGAGAGCGAUUUGUCGUCUCGUUCAAAUCGUUUAAAGUUUGUCGCUACCGAUGCCCAGAUAUCUUUAUCCUUUAUAACGUCGACAAUGGAACGGAGACGUAUGCCGUUUCAGUCCUGGGCUUCUAUGGCAAGAAAGGAUUUUCGCAAGUUUUUAGCCCUUUUUUCAAUAAGGACACACACACGUAUAUAUAUACUAUUACCUGUUCUCUCUUGAAGCUUUCAAUUAUUUGCUUGGCGUGCCACCAAAAGACAUCUCGAAUCGUAUUUACCAUUCCCAUGAUUACUCCCGGCUUUUCUAUUCCAUCCUUUAUGGCUGACCAAUGGCGUGCUAUGCUACUCAAUGGGAUGUUCCUUUGUCGAGUGCUCCAUGAAGAAUGCACUUUUUACCAGGUGAAAUGAGCCGAGCUAAUUUUGGAUUUUACCAAAAAGGAAGAAAAAAAAAAAGGAGUAAGUAAAUACCAUAUACGUUUUCUCCGUCCAGUCGAUCUCCCACACAAUUUAUAUGUGUAUCAGCUGUAUACAUAAGCACGUGACUCCGUAUGUAUAAACUUAUUUAUAUUUUUAUUUUAUAAAAUAAGAAUAGUGGCUGAUCGAACGUCACUGUCGUCACUAUCAGCUUAGCAUUCAAUAUGGCCUUCGGCUUGGUUGAAGCUUCAAGGUUGGGAUAUGCUUUUCCUUACUUAUCUAUACGGGACGCGUAUAAGGUAUUAUUGGAAAUAAGGGCGGGAGAUAAGGGUACGUAAAAAGAUGGGGCUUGUCAGGAUUGAUUAAAAAAUCCAAGGGGUUGUCAGAUUUUACGAACUCAACCCUUCGCGUAUAUACGCACUGUGCUCUCUUUUACUUAUGCUAUUUCGAUCUUUUGCUUCUUACUCCCGUUAGUUUUAUUAAGGUUUUGAAGUUUUUUCAAGUUUUUCGCCACUCGCACGGAAAUCCCUGAUGGAGACAAUUUUUCGGGAUUUUUAUGCACAUCGUUGUCGGUAGUUUUGAAGUCGGGAUAACUUUUGCCCUACUCUUUCGUGUCAAUUCAUCCCCCCUUCCCUCCCACAUACCCUCCCAUCACUCUCACCGUGCCAACCGGCGACGUCGGGGACAAAUAUUAUUUUUUCUCGGUACAAAAUAAGGUAGCGUCCUUUCUGAGAAAUAUUUUCUUGAGGGAGUGUCUGGGGUGUCAAACGAAAAUAUAUAUAAUUAAGCGGACUGAUAAAUUGCGUUUGAUAAAUCUUUGGCUAUCGUUUUAUUGGUAUCCCCUUGGUUUACAUGGUUGAUAAAUUUUUUUUGAAUUUCUUUCAAAUAUCACAAGCUACCUUGAAAACGUUGAAACUUUAGUCAAAGUAUAUUCAUAUCGUUGUAUUAUCGAAUAUAUUUCACGGAGUACUGAUCCGGAAAUCCAGUGGCAAAAGGACCCUCUUUUCGCAUCCCUUAAUAUCGUCGACACGCCCAGGGACGAAUUUGAACCAAUAGUAUGGUUCUAGUUCGGGUGGGGUUGCCCCGAAAUUAAAAUAUCCUUGAUACGUAAUGACGUGAGAUACUCGAGUAAUGGCAUACACGUACACACAUACGGUACAUUCAUGGAUCGUACAACCCUCGAGGGUUGCGACCCUUUUAGAAUCAUGGAAUAUAUAUAUAUAUAUAUAAUUUUUAGCUAUAGCAUAUGCCGAGAUGCACGUUGUAUUAUUCAAUAUCCCAUAAGAUAACGUUACUAUGAUUUUUAAUGUGAUGAUGGGGUUGCCGGCGGGUACAGGGUUGUAACAUUGUAACGGGAUUAGCUGUUCCUAUUAAGGCUUUCAAAUGGUGACUGUACGGGACCGCGUACUUGGCUUGUACCGAAUUGAUUUUCUUAAUACGUAUGUAUACUAUGUAUGUAAUAAUAAUUACGCUAAUAAUUCACUAAUUAAUUUUUAUUUCCACUAAUAACAAUACUCUCGCGUGAACUCAUUAGAGCUGUAUUGAGCUAUUUAAAAUGAACCCUAGAAAUACAAGCUGAUGUAAAUAUACGAAUAAUUUUAUUUAAUUAUUUUUCAUCGAUCGAUCUGUGUAUUGUAUUAAUAAUUUUUGAAUUGAAGUUUCAGAUUGAAAAAAUAGGACUUUUUUUUAUUAAUAUCCUUCGAAAUGGACUGUAGUUUCUUGUAUCGGGACGGACAGGUGUAGACGAGCGUGUCGUUCACACGAGGCGAAACGCGAUAGAUGACGCAGCGAAAAUAUUGACGUCGAUCGUGACAGCGGAUACUCAACGUUUUACGUUAAACGUUAAUUUUCCGCUUUGUGACUUUCACAGAGGGUGUUGUUGGCGCUUAGCGCCAAGGCCAAUGAAAUGCGUACGAUCGGUGUAAUCUAAAAACAGACUGUCGUGUGUAGUACGUGUAUACUCCCAGUGAGUAUGAUGAGUAUAGGAGAAACAAUCAUUACUUGUUUUUUUUUCUUUUUUUUUUUCGAACCUGCGCCACGUAAUGAGAGGUCAUUAGGAGUGUCGUUUUUCCAAUUUCGAUAAUUGAAAUUGAAUUGUUCGAUGUGGCUGCACGUAUGGUUUUAUAUAUAGCCGCUUCCUGCAUUUCCAUAUAACUCAGGUGAAAAUAGGUAAUUUCGAUCCCUCGCGUAGAUUGCUAUGUAAAUUGAGCAACGCGUCUGAAACUUUGGCAUGUUCUCCCAUUAAAUUGGAAUAUUGCAUAAAUACGUUUGCCAAUUUUGAGCUGCUAUCGUAUACGUUAUUACAAUUUAGAAAUGGAUACCCGAAUAAUGUAUAGUAUCGUGGACAGUCUGUAUCUGUUUGAUCGUGAAUUUCUGAAAAUGUUGGUUUAACGUUUUUUUUUUCCCUUCUCUUUUGUUUCUAAAUCUCCAUAAUCCAGUGGUACUACCGUGCCAAGAAAGGCUUCCGAAGAAGACACCCUUAAGUAAGUGUCUUCAACUUGACAAAAGCAGCUUAUCUCGAUUACCUUCUCUCGAUUCUCCAGCACGUUCUCGAGAGAGGUUGAUAGGAGUUUAAAGAAUAAAGGUGAAAGUAUCACGGUAUCGCGAAGGGAUAAUCAAAGUUAAAUGAAAAAAAAAUAAUUGUGUAAAUUGACAAAAAUUAGGAAAACAAAAUUGGGUAGCAUACAUAACUUUAGAAAUGACCACCCGUCGAAUUAACGCCUAAAAUGCCCUACUCAUUCACCUUCCCCAGGGACGGCAUCGUGCUCCCGUCGGUUAGGGUGCUGGUAGGGUACCUACGAAGGGCGGGGCCCUUAACAAAGGCCCCCCAAAGAAUACCAACCCCUGGGUGGAGUUAGCACCCUGUAUAUAUCUGAGCACGGGCCCUUUUUUGGGUUCAGAACUCGGGGUGACUCCGAACUGUGUAGAACCCUGGAUAUUUAUUUUCUCCAGGAGCCUCUCCUAAUGCCAAUUGCUUCUACGAGGUGUUUCCUGGAUCGUGUAGAUGUCGGGAUAAACAUAGGAAUUUUCUGUGAUACUGUGUGGAGAUAAUUAACACCGUGAAAGCAUAAGUGAAUACUCGUACUCGUGAGGGGUGUGAAAAGGUGGUUGGGAGAAACGUUAAGAUGUCUCGUAGCUUCCUGGUGGAUUCGCUGAUCGGCAAUAAUUCGCCACCGUCUUACCCACUGCCCUACUACGGGAAUCAGUUGCCGAACUAUAUGUUCAACUUUUUCAACCUGGGUCUGGGCUAUCAACCCGUGAGACCGGUGCCCAGAGCGCCAGCAUUGCCAGUUCCUGUUCCUCUGAGUCCUCCUGGGAUCGUUGGUCUGCCACUUCCGGGACAGAGUCCUCCGUCGCCAUUGAACGUCUCCACGAGCCGACUCUCAGAUAUCACCGUGCCGCAUGAGUCGCCUUCGCGAAACAGCACCCCGACGCCACCGCCUAAGUCGCCGAAUUCCAUUGCCAGUAGCUCCAAGAGAAUUCGUACUGCGUUCACGAGUACUCAGCUGUUGGAGCUCGAGAGGGAAUUCGCUUCUAACAUGUAUCUAUCGCGUCUGAGGAGGAUUGAGAUUGCUACGAAUUUACGGCUGUCCGAGAAGCAGGUGAAGAUUUGGUUUCAAAAUCGCCGAGUCAAGUAUAAGAAAGAGGAUCUACCAGCUGGUCAGAGUCAAAAGUGUUGCUGUUUGAGAACCUGCGGGAAGAAAAAGGAUGGCUGCGCUGAUGAGGGCCGGAAGUGCGAGCAGGAUGAAGUCAGUCAGGAGAAAUUUCGGGACGCUCGUCAGCAGGAUGGCGAGAUUAGAGGACACCAGGAUGAAUCCUUGGCUAUUAGAAUGAGACCAUCCGGCGGUUCGGAGUUUGCUAACGAUAACUCGUCCUCUUCUACUUUCGAAAAUUCGACUGGCUUAACCGUGGCAAUUGAUACUGAGUAUCGACGCAGAUCUUGCGGAGAUGAGAAGCCAAAUUUACAGCAACGAUCAAUGACUUGUGAUCUUUUACCAUCUAUUCAGGACGUGCAUGAUUUGUCAAGAGGUUCUAAGCGGGCGGCGAAUAGAUUAGAAGAGUCUGAGAUGAAGAAAAGAAGAAGCGAAUCGCCGUAUGACUCUCAUAUUCAAGAAACCAUUGCUACUCCGGUAUACAGAAAUCGUAAUUGCACAAAGCAUACCGUCGAACAUAUUGUAAAUUCUUAAGAUAGUAUAAAAGACUCUUUUAUAGUAAUGUGAGACAGUUUUGUAUUUGGCGGCGAUACGAUAUUUUUGCCUUAUUUAUCAGUAUCCAGUGCAGCCGGUUACGUAGCAGCUCAAAAAUUGAAUGUACAAAUUGUAUAUAUUUUUAAUAGAAUCUAUAUUGUCAAGAAUAAUUGUAUAUUUUUACUACGUAUCAUAGUACAAAUUCGA